AUGAAGCGCUUGCAGCUGGUGUGCCCGGCGGCGAUGGUGCCUGGCUGCGGGGCGGCGAUGCAGUGCAGCCGUCGCUGGAAUCUGCUGGAGCACCGUACGAAGGGGUCCCCGUACAUGAAGCACCUCGACCUCUACGCCCGCCGCGACCCCCAGCUUGCCCCGUAUCUACUGCGGGAGGUGGACAUCGAGUACAAGCGCAAGUGCAGAAAGGUGUCGUUCUUGGUGUGGGUCGCCGUCUUCACCGUGGCCGUUGCGUGGCAGACCCGCAUGCAGGGCGAGGCGCUGCACUACAUGCGCCUGUACGCCUCCUACGUUCGCGCCGAGCAGGACGCGAAGGACGAGGACAACAUCAAGCGACGCAAGGCGUUCGUUGGUGUCAUUAACGUGGUGAAGAACGCCUUUGACCGCGAUCAGCGCUGGACUGCCGCUGAUGAAGCGAAGGCGCUAAAGGAGUUGCGGUGA